UAGAUUAUUCUAUUGACUAUUUCAUUUUCAUUUUUUAAUUUCCUCGUAGUCUUAUGCCUUAUGGUGGGCUCUACUUAAUUCAUAUUGACAACAUAUAUGCACAGUUGUAAGAGCGAACACGUGAUCAAAACAGGUGCUGGAGAGGAUAUUGCAUGUGAAACUAAAAGAUGGAGAGUGAUGCACCCCUCUAACUACCUAAUAGACUAUUAUGACUUUCCUGUGAGAUUUUUCAACAUUCUCAGCUAUUUAUUUAAUAUGGAGGUUGGAAAAGGUAGGGCAGCUGUGGGAAUUUUGAAAUAUUUUACAAAUCCACAAAAACUAGAACUUAAUAUGUCCAUUGAAUUGUGUGCUAUCACUCUGGGAGCUACUAAAAGCUAUGUUAAAGACAGGCUUUCUAGUACUGGAAUUGAAGGCAAGCUGGUCUGGGUUUGUGAAAAAGGAUGGUAGCAAAAAGCAUUGGUUGAAUAAAGGUUACAACAACAGGAUAGAAAAUGCAAUAUAUCGAUGCCUUGAAAUGAUAUUAGGUUCUUACAAGCAAGGGAAGUAUACUACUGUUUUUGUCUGUUGUAAACAUCUUUUAUUUCUUCUGCAUAUAACAGAAAUAUUCAAGUAUUUUCAGGAUUACCGGAAUAAAAAACAGUUACUAGUGUAUAGUAUAUUUUUAUCCCCUACAUUUUAAUUGUCAUCUGAAGGUGGAGAAGAUACUUCUCCCCUCGUGUAAAUUAUUAUAUUUCUCCCCUUUACCUAUGAACCAAAGGCAUCGCUUCUAGGAAGAGAAUGCAGGGGUAAAAUAAAAAUGCGCAUUUAUCGACUAAAACUAAAGGUAGCAAAAGCAAAUAAAACACGCAUGGUCGGGAGCUGCACCCCGGGAAUUCCUGGCUCCUCCAGCCGCUCAUUCCCAUCGCGCAGCGGCGCAGGGAAAAAGUGGACAGGCAGCGACAGAGGCAGUCCGCCAUAUUUCUACCUCACCACGCCCGCAGAGACAAGCCAUUGAAAAGCCCGUCGAGCUGGGCUCAGUGUGCAUACCCUAGUCCCCACCUGCCUUCUCUUCCUCUCUGGUGGAGCCCUUUCUACUCGUCCUCCCUCUCUUCCUUACUGCCAGGGCAGGAACGAGCCGUGACAGCUCUUCAGCAGCAGUUUUCCUCGCGCGAGGGGUGAGCGACCGUGCCUGGAAAAAAGGUUCGCCGUAAGGAAGUUCUCCCGCCAGGCGCGCACUGAGAUUGCUGGGCAGCGACCUUGCCCACUUUCGGAGCAGCCGAACUCUCGCUUUAGGACAGAAGGAGCGACUGGGAAGCGUAAUUGAGGAGGAGGGGAGGGAUUAACGGACAUUAACAUUUCCGUGGGGGUGGUUAUUUCGGAGGGCGGCGGGGGUGUAGUUUGUGAGGGACACUCGGGUGGUGGUUAGCGGUAGCAGAGGCAGAAGUAGUAGUGAGGGAAGGAGGGAGAGGGGUGUUUGUGCUGGCGAAGAAAGCACUGCUGCCGCCACGGCUGUAGUGGGGGAUGUUUUCGUGUUGCUUGGUGCAUAAUUUAGAGGAGGAGUUGGAAGCGGCGACUAUUUGAGGCAGGGAACGGGGGGAUUUGUGCUGCUGGGGGCCUGCUUUUUCUUUAUCUGUGUGCGGCAUCGAGGCAGCUCGCUGCACUUGCCCUACAGUGCCCGUGUGGGGACUUCCGGGUAGAGAGCGUCUGUGUCCCCCGGGACUGGUGCUCUGGUGGGGUGUGUGUGCGCGCGCGUUUUUAGGGUGGGGGUUGUGUCUGAACCAGUUAGGAAGAAUGACUUUGGAGUCCAUGAUGGCGUGCUGCCUGAGCGAGGAAGCCAAAGAAGCCCGGCGGAUCAACGACGAGAUCGAGCGGCAGCUGCGCCGGGACAAGCGGGACGCUCGUCGGGAACUGAAGCUGCUGCUGCUGGGCACAGGAGAGAGUGGCAAAAGCACAUUUAUCAAGCAGAUGAGAAUCAUUCAUGGAUCAGGUUACUCUGAUGAAGACAAAAGGGGCUUUACGAAAUUGGUGUACCAGAAUAUAUUUACAGCGAUGCAGGCCAUGAUCAGAGCCAUGGAUACCCUCAAAAUCCCAUACAAGUACGACCAUAAUAAGGCUCAUGCACAGUUAGUUCGAGAAGUCGAUGUAGAGAAGGUGUCAACUUUUGAGAACCCCUAUGUAGAUGCACUGAGAAGUUUAUGGAAUGACCCUGGAAUCCAGGAAUGUUAUGAUAGACGACGAGAAUAUCAGUUAUCAGAUUCGACAAAAUAUUACCUUAAUGACUUGGACCGAAUAGCAGAUUCAGCCUAUCUGCCAACUCAGCAAGAUGUGCUUAGAGUUCGAGUCCCAACAACAGGGAUCAUUGAAUAUCCAUUUGACUUACAAAGCGUCAUUUUCAGAAUGGUGGAUGUAGGAGGCCAACGAUCAGAAAGAAGAAAAUGGAUACAUUGCUUUGAAAAUGUCACAUCUAUCAUGUUCCUAGUAGCUCUUAGUGAAUAUGAUCAAGUGCUUGUGGAGUCCGACAAUGAGAAUUCUUCGGUCAUUCUGUUCUUAAAUAAAAAAGAUCUUUUAGAGGAGAAAAUUAUGUACUCCCAUUUAGUUGAUUAUUUCCCAGAGUAUGAUGGACCACAACGGGAUGCACAAGCAGCACGAGAGUUCAUCUUGAAGAUGUUUGUAGACCUGAAUCCAGAUAGUGACAAAAUUAUCUACUCCCACUUCACUUGUGCUACAGACACAGAGAAUAUACGCUUUGUCUUUGCUGCUGUCAAGGACACAAUUCUACAGUUAAACCUGAAGGAAUACAACCUGGUCUAACUGUGCCUAAGAGGCCCUCCAAGACCACCUUUGUGUGAUUGAAGAUGCACAAUAGGGACUGGAUUAUCUGUGAAAACAAGUUGCAUAAUACUAAUUUAUUGCUGGCCUGCACUCUGCGAAUGUUCAGAGUUUUUUAGUUGAUAUUAUGAUUUUAUUUAAACUAUAUGGAGGAAAACCAGAAGAUGCUGAAAUACAUUCACAGUACAUUUUCUUAUUUUUUAGGCAAAAUCUUGUGACUCAGUGGUUUCUAAAUUCUCAGUCAUACACUCACAAAGGAUAACAGGUUUUUGCUAAUGAAGCAAAAUCAAGCUAGUUUCCUCUUUUCCUGACCCUUUCUCUCCCUCCUUCCUCCCCCGCUAUGUUUUAAAAGUACAAUGGCCAUUUUACCACUUGCAUUCCUUGAUAAUAUAUUUUCUGUUAAGUGACUUGGCCAAGAAAAUUACUAUCAUCAGAAAUGAAGUUAUCAGUCAUUCAAAUUUUACAGAAUGUGCUUUCUCUGAAAGAUCAGAAGCAUUGAUAGUAUGAUUUCUUUAAUUCUUAAAAUUAGUGUUCUCAUUCUGUCUUCGCUUCUGAGACUAGAAUAUUGGGAAUUGCAAAAUAGAAAUAGUUGUGUAUGGAUUUAGAAUUCAAACGUACUUUCACAGUUCAGAAAGAUGCAUAGAAGACAGUAAUAAAAUAAUUAAAGACAUAAACCUCAGAUGUUCAUAGAAUAUCAUCAAAUCUCUUUUUAAUUGCCAUGUGUCAUUAUUUUCUCUUUUCUUUAUUCACUAAUGACAAGUAGAAAUGUCAUGGACACUACAUUUUUCCCCAGUGGCUACAGUCGAAAACAGGGGUAGAGGUUUAUUUUUCAGUUGUGUGCAUUUUUUCUUAAGUUAGAGCUUUUUUAAAGUGUUUUUCCACAGUAGAAAUUUUUUUGCUGUAUAAAAUCUUGCCAAAUAUGGCUUUUUUAUGAAACCAAUACUUUUGAAACAUAAGAUAGUGAUUGAAAUGCCAAACUAAUGGAUUGGGAAUUUACCUGAUUGAGUCAACUGCCAAAUGAUAAAUAUAGUUUUAACUCAUAUGUUCCUGUUUUUAUUGUGUUCCAUUUUCUAAUGCCAAAAACAACAGUGUGAGUGAAUAUGCUACUCAGCAUACAUGUAUAGAAGACAAUUUAAUUCUCUCCUUAUGUCAGAGAUGGCAUGAGAUUGCAUACAAUGUUUUUUCUAAUAAUAUCAAGCACCUCGUUUAUUACUGAUGAAUGAUCACAUUCAGAAACUAUUCUUGAUAAGGUUGCCUCUUAACCUAUUCACAGACAUUUUAUAGGUUUCAUGCAAAAUAGUCUCUCUUUAUGUUCUUUAGAAAGAUUUCUUAAUGCAAAUCACUCUUGAAAUUUAAACAUGCAAAUUUUUAAUAACAAAAAUGUAGCACCCAUCAAUGAGCAGCUUGGGUUGAAAGGUAUUUUUUGACCAGGUGCAUGAUUGCUAGCAAGCUACAGAGAACUCUGAGGUCAGACAUUGAAUUACUUACAUUGCCAAGUAGCAAUAUGGUGCACUUAGCACAGAAGUUGCUGCCUCUCAACAGCAAAGGAGAGGUGGAAAGGCAAUCUCUUAUUACUUGAGCAACUAAGUUAACAAUAAAUACUAAUGAGAUGUUUUUCAUCCUUAAUACUCCCUACUCUAAAACAACAUUAAUAAGAAUAGUUGCUAGUUUUUGUUCCCUCAUAAAACACCUUAUAAUUGGAAACUGAUUGUAGGUAUAGUGCAAUUAUGAAUGCUAUAAUCAUUGUACAUACAUAUAUGCCAACAUCCAUAUUGGCUUUAUAGUCAUUAAUUUUUAGCAAAUUGAUUGUGCUGUGUUGAUAUGUAUCUAUGUAAUUGUGUAAUAUGUCUUAUAUCUGAUUCACAUUUUAAAUAAUGUUAUUUUAUUUACUUUUUAAAGAGAAGAAUGUACAUUUUUUUCAGUUUACUCCUGACUAGGUAUUUGUUGGUUUUAUUUAAAAAGCAACAAAAAAGCUUAUCAUAGUACAGAAUUGUAGUAGCAUUGUGCUAUAUAAAAUCAUUUGAACAUUCCUGAGUAAAAGUAAAUUGGAGACACACAGAGGACAGUCAUAAUCAAAACAAUGCUUAAAUCUUGUCAAGGCUUUAUACAGAUGUAGAAGCUGUUUUUGUUAGAAGAAUUUAUGCCAUUAUAUCUAGGAUUAGAAUAUAAGCUCUUAAAUAUCAAUUUGUAUUUGGCAGAUUCAACUUCAGUUAAUUUUACCUUUCUAAUAGCCUUUUUUAGAAAAGUGUAAUUAGAGACAUUUCAAACCACUGAACAUAAGUACUAAUGGGUAUAUUCUAUUUCCCUAAAAAUGUAAUAAAACCAUCAGAUCAGUUAAACAUUAAUUCAGAAAUUACAGAAACCUUAGACUUAACAACAACAAAGUUGCUAAUGUUAAAAAUUUUAAGGAGUUAAAAUUUGUUUAAUAAAGCUAAAGCACAUGAAGGCUAUAAAAGGUGACACUGACAUUCUAAAUGUAUCAUCAGAACAGCUGUUCUUAUUAUAAAUGUAAUUAUAACAUUGGCCCUGAUCUUACUUAUAAACAUAACAGAUCUUAUGUUUUAACUGUUGACUCUGGAGUGUGUGAUAAUAUCCUUUCUUUCAGCCUGUGAAUACAUUGACCACCAUGGAUUUAGUGAUAUAAAUAGAACUGUAGGGGAAAAAAAAGCAAAAACAUGCCAGUGUUGUCUAAUGAAGGUUUGGGUUUGUUUUAUUAUGGGAUAUGGGGGGGAGUGUAUGGGGUUUUAAGUUUUAAUAUAAAAAAGAUUUGUAUAAAAACAAACCAAAAAUUUACUCACACUUUAUAUACAUAUUGUGAUUGCGAAAUUCUAAUGUGUGUACCACUGGGCUACUUCUGGUAUAUUUUGAGUUGAACCUGUGACAAUGUUUAGAUCAUUUAAACAUAUUCUGAAAAAAUAUAAUCAGCAUGUUAAUGCAAGCCUUACAUAACUCACCUAACACAGCAUUGCAGUGUGACAGUGUUUACAAAAACAUUUAAUUUUUAAAUGACAGGUGUUCUCAUUUGCAAUAUAUUCCAUUGCUGUUGCUGUUUUAAUUGGUGAUUUCCACUAUGCAUUAUAGUGCUUGAGUCUAGAAGUAUGUGCCUCUAACAUGAAGCUGAAGACAAAAAUCAGACAGGAACCCUUUUAAUUUUGCAAAAUUACUUUGUUUCAUUGAAUGUCAUAAAUGGGAGAGGAGAAAAGGAAAACAUUGGGAAACUAUUCUAGGUGUACAAGAAAGCUGUAAAUACGUUUUACAAAAACCUUAAACUUGCUUUUUUCACUAGUUAGCUGUCACUUUGUUUACAUAUAUAGGAUGGUGAAGCUAUAAGGGCAGUUUACUUUUAUAAUUCAGACUUUUGAUUUUCAAGGUAACCUGUAAUUUUAAAUCACACCACCACAUGAUUGUGAAGCAUUUUCUAAAGUUUGAAAGUGGAGAAAAGGCUUUAUGCUGGUUAUCAGUCAGAACUGCCUGCAUGAUUUCCAAAAACUUUAAAAGGUGAUAAAAGGGCUGCAUAUGAAGAUAUUGCUAGACUCUGAGUUUUUGGUUAUAAGAUGCAAGACUUUCAGAUUGCUCAACUUAAUGGUCCUUCCCUUGUUAUGCAUUCUUCACAAAAUAUUGAGAUAACAAGAAAGCAGAGACAUGUUAACCCAUAUGGAAAAGAAAAAUAAUGCCCAAAUACUUUAUUAUAUGUGCUGCUAGUAUUGAAGGUCUGUGCAUGAUUAUCCUGCAUUACAUUAGCAAAAUAAUGAAGUGUACACAGUAUAUUAACAAGGCCUACAAAUUACCUACCUCUAGUUAAGAAAUCAAUAAAUUAAAUGUUUUGGAGAAUGUCACAAGUAAAGAAAUUAAAAUGGCCUGUUGUAGACAAUUAAUAGUUAUUUGAGGCCUUCACACUUUUGCAGAUAAAGUCCCUCUUUGGACAUAAACAACUAAGAUUCUAUGUCCCUGUCCAAUUUGCUAGUUUAGUAGAGAUCAUGAAAAACAAUGUGUUUUGGUUUGAAAAGAAUGACUGAUAGUUCCUCUUUUUUGUUGUUGUUUUUGCUUUUAUUUACCAUUUUAUUUAUCAGUCAAAACAAACAUUUCCAUGUAAUCAGUAAUCCAUUGAGGGUCAUUGUUUAUCUAGUUACAGGGUUUUUACUGUAACUUUCACGCAAGCUUUUUUACAGUAGCUAUGUUUCAGGAAAAAAAGAAUUGAAGAAUCAUUUGGGCAAAGCUGAUGUUAAAGGUAGUGUCAAAAAUGCAAGGGAAUUCAACCAAAUCAAUCUUACUCUUGGUAAUAAGACUGAUGUUUUUGUGAUGUUGGGGGUUUUUCUAUCAAAAGAUGGUCUAAGAUGAAGUCUUGCUGGAUUUCUUAUUUAUCAUGCUGCAGAAAAUCCUUUUUUUUGCCAGUAUAUUGGAAGGGGAGUCAGAUACAUUUUUAAAAUUUGCAGUGUUUAACAAAAUAAAGAUCAU